AUAAACAUGACAAAAUUAGCCACAACUUUUAUUUUUCUUUGCACUUUUGUAACUUUUUCUCAUUGCUUACCAUUAUCAACUAGUUCAAGAUGGAUAAUAGAUGAUGAAAGUGGUAAAAGAGUGAAAUUAGUUUGUGUAAAUUGGGCCGGUCACUUACAAACCAUGUUACCGGAAGGCCUGGAUCAGCAGCCCAUUAGCCAUAUUGCUAGGCACAUAUCAUUAAUGGGCUUCAAUUGUGUUCGUCUUACAUGGGCUACUUACAUGUUCACUCGAUAUUCAAAUCUUACCGUGGCCCAAUCGUUUAUGAACAAUGGGCUUCAUGAUGCUAUAUCAAGAAUAGAGAAGAAGAAUCCCCAUCUUUUGGGCCUUACUGUUGUUAAGGCCCAAUGGACCGUGAUUAAGGAGUUGGGCCGCCAUGGUGUUAUGUUGGUUCUUGACAAUCAUGUUAGUGAGCCCAUGUGGUGUUGUGGAAGUAAUGAUGGGAAUGGAUUUUGGGGAGAUAAGUAUUUUCAACCUGAAGAAUGGUUGGAAGGCUUAGAUAUUGUUGCUAAAAUAUACAAGGAUUUACCAAUGGUUAUUGGCGUAAGUCUACGUAACGAGCUACGUGGUCCACUUCAAAAUCAAAAUGUAUGGUAUGAGAAUGUUGAGAAAGGUGCAAAAACAAUUCAUAGGGCUAACCCUAAUCUUCUAAUAAUCAUAUCAGGAUUAAAUUAUGAUCUUGAUUUUACCUUCUUAAAACAAAAACCAUUAAACCUACACAUGAGAAAUAAAAUCGUAUACGAGAUUCAUCGUUACGCGUUUACCAAGGGACAAGCUAAUUGGUUUUUAACCCAACCACUAAACAAGGUUUGUGAUACAAUUAAAGAAGAGAUUAUGAACGUAUCAGGAUUUUUGCUUAGGGGGGAAAAUGCAGCACCUUUAUUUUUUAGUGAAUUUGGAGGUGACCAAAGGGGUAUGAACCCUUCUAGCAAUAGGUUCAUGGGCUGCAUUCUUUCAUUCUUAGCGGAUUUGGAUUUGGAUUGGGCCGUUUGGGCCUUGCAGGGUAACUAUUAUACCCGACAAGGUGUACCGGGUAUGGAGGAGCCGUUUGGGAUGUUCAAUUAUACGUGGAAUUCUCUUACAAGUCCUCAAUAUCAUGCAAAGUUACAACUCAUUCAACAAAAUCUCCGAGAUCCAAAAUCAAAGCAACCAAUGUACCACUUAUUGUAUCAUCCACAAAGUGGCAAGUGCUUGAAUGUUGCACCCAACAAUGUUGUAUAUGCAAGCGAUUGCAUUAGAGCUAGCCGAUGGAGCCACGAUGGAGACGACACGCCGAUCCAACUAACCGGAACAUCCUUGUGCCUUACAACAUCAAGAGAGGGACUGCCUGUAACACUUUCAACAGACUGCAAUGAGCAAAGUACAUGGAAACUUGCUUCAAAUUAUCAGCUUUCAAACAUUGAUGAGAAUGGGAUGGAGUUGUGUUUGGAGUAUGAUACUUAUUCUUCUUCUUCUAAAGUUUUGGUUAGGAAAUGUGUUGGCUUAGAUGGAAAAAGUAUUGAUAAUCCUCAAACUCAAUGGUUCAAGUUUGUGUCAGCCAAUGUUUAGUAGAAUUCAAAAUAUUUUUUCGA